UGCUCCGGCCCGAGGAUAGAUUUUAGGAUCGGAGUCUUUAGAGGCAGUCUGGACAUAUACCUACUCGUAGACACAGAUUCUCCUUGACUCAGAAUGUCUCUAGACCUGUACACCCAGAACAUUCCUCUUACACAGAAGGCUAGGUUCUGGUCCAAUUAUGUUUCUGCCCUAAAGGGAUCCCAGGAUCUAAGAGCCCCUGACGAUAGCCGCGUUAGGACCUGGCACCCAUCCAUCAUCGAGACCCUCCCCGACGAGUUCCCCGACCUAAAGCACGAGUUCGGUAAACUCGAGUCCCAGAUGUUUGACAGACCUCGCAGGCACGGAACCCAGCCUCUCACCCCGGUUCUGCCUGAUGCCCAUGACAGGAUAUUCACUGUUGGUUACUCCUAUCAGCCCGUUCACACUGAAAUCUACGGAACCUACAGAGCUCAAACUGCUCGUAUGUCUUAAUCUAAAGGUAUGAAAGACAACUGCAGCACUUCAUCCCCAAUCAUCAUGAGAAGCAAGUUCUACUAGUUCAUAACAAAUGAUGAUCAAUAAUUAUAAAAAUUUAAUUUGAAAAAUAAAAAUCAAUUUGAAA